AUGUCUGGUGGUGGAAAUCAACCAGCUGAUGCAGUUGUCGAAGAAGAUGCCGCAGAAUGCCGUUUCCCAAAAGGUUUGCUUGUUUUACAUUUUUCUCGCAAAAGCAUUUGAUUUUUUUCAGAAUUCGAAGUGUCUACUUGUGAUGCACUUCUUACUGCCGAAGUUUUCUUAUUAUUAGAGCAUCGUCGACUUCAAAGUGAAUCAAAAGACGAAAUCGAAGAGAUGAGCGAAGUUGGUUUUUCUUUUUCUUUCUAAAAAAUCAUAAAAUUUUCAAGGUUUUCAUCAAAACAUUGAACUACGCUCGGCGAAUGGCAAGAUUCAAAAAUCGUGAAACUAUCAGAUCAGUCCGCGGUGUUUUUGCUGAAAAACAUUUUCACAAGUUCGAAGUUGCACAGAUUGCUAAUUUGUGUCCAGAAAGUGCAGAAGAAGCAAAGGUAUUUUGAAAAUCAAAUUAAAUAUAUAUUUUCAAUAUUUCUUCAGGCACUCAUUCCAUCUCUUGAAAAUAAAAUCGAAGACGCUGAACUCGACGAAGUGUUGAAAGACGUUCAAGCUAAACGUACAUUCCAAUAA